AUGGCCUUUCAUAGUAGAACUAACCCGAUUGAAGUCCUUAACAGUUUCAAAGGCUCCACAUUGGUGCUUCCCAUUGUGUCUAUUGGUAACGUGCCACAAUUCACCGCAGAUCUGCUGAUUCAUAACUUAAACUUGAAGUCAGUGGCGUGGUUAGAUGAUUCAUUGGUACAUCCAUUUGUUUCGCCCGUCGAUUACGUGGAGGGGAAUCCUGACACCUCUAUUCAAGACUUUUCUACAAGCUUAGAAGUAUAUCAUAAUAAGGAUCUAAAAUUGGCGAUUUUACAGCAGAGAUCUCCAGUUUUGCCAGGUUACACAACUCAAUUCUAUCAGCAGGUCAUUGUGCCCUUCAUCAAUACCUCAGGGUUCUCCAAAGUGUUGGUUCUUCAAUCAAAAGAUUCUGCUUUUAAGGAGCAAUCUGAUGGGAGUUUGUAUGAGCUGUACAGCAAUGAUCUGGCUGCGAACCUGUCUCGUCUAACAGUGGAGGAACAGACAACAAAACUGAAAGAUCCUAAAGAACUAUCUCCCAUUAUCGAAAUUCUUGUCAAUUCAUUGAAGAAUCCUGAAUUGGGACUGGAGAUGAAACCAACUCCCAGUUGUGUAAACCUGUUGAAAUUACUUGAAACAGAGUUUCCUCAUACAGUAACACUUCCCGCUGUCAGCUCUUCAGCCAACCUUCAACAGGAGCCAAUCAAGAUCGUGGUGCUAUCUAUUUAUGUAUAUGAGGGAGACAAUAUUUCGGAUGCUCAAGUGUUUGCUCAACGAGUUUAUGAGCUUUUGCAAAUACCGCAGCCUGCGACUUGGGUUGAACCUGUCAGUUGGAAGGGGGUUUAUGGAUCUCGUGAUAUUCCAGUGGGAAUGGAGGGAGGAAUAUACUCAUAG